AUGCGGCAUGCCGUCUUUGAGGGUGCAUCGUACGCAACUCAAUUGAUCGACGUCUGUUUUGGGAGAGCGCCCGUCUUUUUUGUGCGGUUCAUUGAACUGUUUGUAGCGCUUGGGAUUUAUUGGCCCGAAAUGGACCAUGGAAAAGCGGUUCGUAGAAAUGGAUGUCCACUUCUCCUGCUUGUUAAGCUCAUGCUUCAGAUCUCCGUAUCCGCAGCUCAGGGAUUGAACGAGUUAGCGAAAUCCGCAGUGGUGACGUUUGAACCGCCAAUGCUGCAUGAUCUUAUCGAAGGUGGAAACCACACCGUCUCUGUUGCGUUGAAGAUUCCUGAACUUGAAUUCGCUUCUCUUCCUGACAAACCUUAUAAGCUGAGCUUAGGGUCGUUCCAUCCAGAUAUUGCAGUCUCUCCAAGUAAUGCUGAUGUUACAAAGUCAUCGUUCCGGUUUGACAACUCGUCCAAUUAUUACACAGUUGAUACAGAAAUGAUUGUGCACGCAAAAUUGUUAGGAAAAACAGGUCUACGUCUCCGCUUGGUACGUGCAGAGAACUGGAAUGAGGUCGAUGAUUCGUGGAAGGUACCUGAGCCUUUGGACGAUAGCACGAACAAUAUAUUGGAUGUCUGGGUGAGGAGAAGUUUGGAAUCUGAGAAACUUACACAUAUCUUUGUGGCAUCGGUGGUAGUACUGAUCACGUUUGCGAAUAUUCUUAUGGGAUGUGAGCUGGACAUGGCCACAGUAUUUGCCACCAUAAAACGGCCAGUGGGUCCUACGAUUGGAUUCUUUGCCCAGUUUGUGAUUAUGCCGUUGCUCUCCUACGCAAUCGCCAAGUCAGUCUUUGUAUCUCGUGGAUUGUACUCCAUGGCUCUUGGUCUUUUCAUCUGCGGUUGCUCACCUGGUGGUGGUGCUUCCAACUUUUGGACUCUUCUUUUAGAUGGAAAUGUUAAUCUGUCAGUGACCAUGACAUUCAUUUCUACGCUUGCUUCACUGUUCAUGAUGCCAUUUUGGAUUUCUAUGCUUGGCAAAGAAUUUUUACAGGGAUUCUCUUCAGAAACAAAAAUCUAUAUUCCAUAUGGUAAAAUUACCCGCUCGUUGAUCUCAUUGGUUGUUCCACUACUUAUUGGUGUCGCUAUCAAAAAGUGGAAGCCCGAAUGGGCAGCGAAAUCACGCAAGAUUAUGCGCCCGUUCAUCAUAUUUGUAUUGAUAUUCGUGAUAUGCUUUGGCGCCGUUGCAAAUAUAUACAUGUUCAAAAUGAUCACAAUGCCGGCAUUAUUAGGUGGUCUCCUACUUCCAUGGUGCGGUUUCAUGUUUGGUUGUUUUGCUUCGAUUAUCACACGUCGUCCACCCGGUGACGUUACAGCCAUCGCCAUAGAGACGGGCAUACAGAAUACGGGAAUUGCUAUCUUGGUCUUGAAGGCCUCAUUCGCCCAACCGGAUGCAGAUAUAGGAGCUGUGCUUCCAAUAUUGGUUGCAUGUUUCACGCCUGGUCCUCUUCUUCUUGGAGCGGGUGUACAUAUGGCUUUCAAAGCUUUGAAGAAGCGCAGCGCUAAUACGAGCGAAGAGAAGUUGCCAGCAGUUGCGCAAGAAAUAGCAGCCGGCGGUCCAUCGUCUGUAGCUCUUUUGGAACAAGCUGAUGCGAAGAUGGGGGAGGAGAAUGGAAAUGAGGUUCUAAAAAUUGCAGAAGGCACAUCGGCUUGAGUCAUGAGUGAAUUCUCUGUUUUGCCUUGACUUGCAUUAUGAAUCUGGUGACUUUCUGGAGAGGUAUAAUCUUUCAUGUAAUCUCUAAAUAAGCGUAAUACCCCACUAUAUCUCAUUCUCCACUCUUGCAUUCUAUUUAAUGAUCUGCACUUUUCAUUAGGAGCUUAGAUACAUGUGAUACUUUUUGUUUUUACAGAUUUUUUUGAAGUUCUAUUUCAAAGUUGUGUAAUAGAAGCGUUGAGCUUUAUUGUUGAACGUGAUAAUGUUUUCGGUUUGUUUUAGAUUUUUAUUCACAAAAUUUAGUCCCACAAACUUUAUGCACACAAGAUGUCUGUUCUAGGUUUGGUUUUAUGUACGACAUAUCAUUGUUUAUCUGACUGAUUAGAUUUUGAGAUUUAUAUUGUAAUAAACCUAU